AUGGACUCGAUAUCGCCACAACCACCCUCCUCGGUGCUGGACUCGCACCCACCCCCCGUCCCGGCCGGCGCGCCCUUCAACCCCUUGGACCAGCUCGUCACCUUCUACGGCCCAGACGGCCGCAGCGUGCUCGGCGUGCCCAUGGCCGCCGUCGACGCCGUCAACCAGGAGAGCGUCAGCAUGAGCGUCAACUACGGCGCGCAGCUCGGCGCCGCCCUCGUCAUGCUGCUCGCCGUGCUGGCCCUCACGCCCGCGGCCAAGCUGCGCCGCCCGUCGGCCCUGCUGCACCUGACGGGCCUGGUCGUCUGCCUGGUGCGCACGGGCUUCCUGGUCGCGCCGCCGCUGUCGCCCGUCGGCUACUUUUACGUCUUCUGGGCCGGCGACUUCUCGACCGUGCCGCAGACGUACCUGUACGCCCUCGUCGCCGGCAACGUGGUUUCGUUUCUGUUCGUCGUCGUCGUCGAGCUCGCCCUCAUGAACCAGGCCUGGACCAUGGUGUCGCUGUGGCCGGAUGCUGCGCGGUAUAGCCUGGCUGCUGCCUCGGCCGUCGUGACCCUCACCACCAUCGGGUUCCGCUUCGCCUUGACCGUCAUGAGCUGCAAGGCGGCCGUCGGCUUGUCCUUUCCCAUGGCCUUUUUCUGGCUCAUGCAGGCGUCCCUCGUGACGAACGCUGCCUCCAUCUUCUGGUUCUGUGCCCUGUUCAACUCCAAGCUGCUGCUGCACCUCGUCUCCAACCGCGGCAUGCUCCCUUCGGCCGGGACCCUGAGCUCCAUGGAGGUUCUCGUCAUGACCAAUGGCGUUCUCAUGAUUGUUCCAGUCAUCUUCGCCGGCCUCGAAUGGGGCCACUUCCAAAACUUCGAAGCCGCCUCCCUCACGCCCACCUCCGUCGCCAUCAUCCUGCCCCUGGGCACCCUCGCCGCCCAGCGCAUGACCACCCGCCCCAACACCGCCGGCAACGGCGCCAACAACCUCGCCCGUCUCCCCCCGAGCGGCUCCUCGGGCGCCGCGGCCCACCCCAGCAGCGGCAACCACUGCUCGGCCACGCCCAAGGACUCGAGCCUCUCCACCAGCUGGAACUCGGAGGGAUCCGGCAACCACUCGUCCUCGGUCCCCUCCAAGUGCUUGUGCGAGCGCGGGCCGGCGCCAGGCCAGGCCACAUCCGCAUCGGCGCGUCGCGGAGGAACCGUCGUGGAUCACUUUGAUCUUGAGCUGCGCCAGAUUGACUCGACGAGCGCCCUGGCCGGCGACAUGACCGAGCAUUGUCUGGUGCAGCAUGACAAGAGGAUCUAG